CACCAAAAGACAAGGGCGAGAGCUGGGCAAAGCAUCCUUCUCUGGACAUCCCCAUCGGCCUUGAAAAGUCGGCUUCUGGAUCUCGUCAUGACUUUCUUCUUGUGAGACAUUCCUAUGCGGGCUAUGAUGGCCUUGCGUGGCUUCGCGUCGCGCCCUCUGCCUGUCACACUAUGCUGCCGGCCACCGCGUCCAAGAUAAGCAGGCAGGACAGAAUGGCGGCGAUGGCCAGGCUCGCCAUAUAUAGCGAUCCUCGCCUCUUAGUUCCAUGACCCCGUCCUAGUGUCUCUCCCGCCAGACGAGCUCGUGGUCCGAACGUGAUCUGUAACUUGAGAUCUGACCGUGCGCUCGAGAGUCCGGACGAACCUCUAGCUCCCUCCCCGUUCCAUUAAUCAACAUUUUCCCGCUGCCAAGCCCAAAAAGAUUUGCGUGUGCUGCAUUCUUUGUUUACAUUUCGUGGCUUCACUCGAAUUUGUUCACAUCGUCAGCCUGCUGUCCAAAUCCCCACGACAGCUUCAACAUGGCGGACGCAGGUGCGAGGCCCGUCGAGGGCGAUACUGCCUCAGAGAAGACCCGUGAGGUGGAGACCUCCAACAGCUCCACGCGGACCUUGACUCCGAGAGAGAGCGACGAGCGGCAGGAGAAGAAGUCAUCCGAGGAGAAGCCCAUCGAACCCGAGAUUGAGAGCGAGAGACCAACAGAAAAGGCAACAGUCCAGUCCUCGGCCAUAUCAGCAAACGAGAGCCAUAACGAUGUAUCCAAGCAGCCAGACGUCGACGACGAUGUCGAUGAAAAGGCCGAUAUCGAAGGGGGACCACCCACGGGGUCCCCGCCCGUUUUCGAUGAAGCCGAGGAAAACUUCAAGCCGAAAACCAUUACCUUUUGGCUCGUCAUUUUGUCUAACUUUGUAGCAAUGUUUCUCGUUGCCCUCGACCGCACAAUCAUUGCCACGGCCAUCCCACGCAUCACUGAUGAGUUUCAAAGUCUUGGCGACAUUGGCUGGUACGGUUCAGCAUACAUGCUCACGACUGCGGCCUCGCAAUUGGUGUUUGGAAGAAUCUACAAGUUUUACAGCCUGAGGGGAGCAUUCCUUGGAAGCAUCCUCAUCUUCGAAAUCGGCUCGCUCAUUUGCGGUGUUGCGCCGAGCUCGCCAGUGCUCAUUGCGGGCAGAGCCAUUGCCGGUGUCGGUUCGGCGGGCAUCUUUACGGGUGCGAUGAUGGUCAUGAUUCCCAUGAUCCCGCUGCACAAGAGACCCAUGUUUCAGGGCAUCUUUGGCAUGGUGUUCGGCCUGGCGUCUGUCAUUGGACCCUUGGUUGGCGGUGGCUUCACGAGCAACGUCACAUGGAGAUGGUGCUUCUACAUCAACCUCCCCAUUGGAGGCGUGGCGUUCGUCUUCCUGUUCUUCAUGCUCAAGGCUCCCAGGCGGCAGCCUCAAGAGCCGGCUACGCUGUUCCAACACUUUAAGCGUCUCGACCCCUUGGGAACACUCUUUUUCGUCCCGUCCGUUGUAUCCCUUCUCCUGGCGCUAGAGUGGGGUGGAUCAGAGUAUGCGUGGAAUGACGGCCGCAUAAUUGCGCUGUUUGUCGUUUUCGGCGUUGCCUUCAUGGCCUUCGCUGCCGUGCAGGUCUUUAUGCCCAAGACCGCCACCGUGCCUGUCAGGAUCAUCAAGCAAAGAACCAUGCUGGCGGGUGCCUUCUUCAUGCUCUUCUUGGCCGGCUCGAUGAUGCUGGCCGUGUACUACCUGCCCAUCUGGUUCCAAGCUGUGCAGGGAGCCAACCCGGUCAACUCGGGAAUCUACACCAUCCCUCUAGUCCUCAGCAUCGUGGUAUCCUCCAUUAUCUCGGGUGGCGCGACGCAAAAGAUUGGAUACUACGUGCCGUCCAUGAUCCUCUGCCCGUGUAUCAUGUCCGUAGGCCUGGGCCUGAUGAGUACUUUCCAACCAGGCAUCAGUUCCGGCCACUGGAUCGGCUACCAGUUCCUGACCGGGUUCGGCCUGGGCUUCGGCAUGCAGACCGUCGGGCUCGCGGUGCAGGCGGUUCUCCCCAAGGAGGACGUGUCGACCGGCGUCUCCAUCAGCUUCUUUGCGCAGCAGUUGGGAGCCGCCAUCUUCGUCUCCGUCGGGCAGUCGAUCCUCAGCAACCUGCUCGUGUCGGAGCUCUCGGGCAUCCCGGGGCUGUCUGCGCAGGCCAUCGUCAACACCGGUGCCACCAACCUGCACACCGUUGUGCCGGCGCAGUUCUUGGACGUGGUUGUCCGAGCGUACAACUACGCCUGCACGCGCAUCUUUUUGGCUGGCAUGGGGCUGUCUCUCGCGACGCUCAUCUGCGCCUUGUUUAUGGAGUGGAAGAACAUCAAGAAGAAUAAGAAGCAACAGCGGGCCAAGCAGCGUGCCAGUCAGCUGAGACCGGGAGACAUGGGCGCGUAGAUGAGGGUAAGGUAACGAUAAUGAUUAGAGUAUGGACACAAAUUCAGUAUAUACAGAUCAGG